AUGGGGACCUUGCUAUUAAACAAGAUAAAGAAACAAGCUUCUUGUUUUCUUCAAGAAAAGUACAGAAACGCUAGGAUUGCCUUCACUGAUGUUACUGCUGCAGAAUUAUUGACUGAAGAUGCAACAAACAAUGAUCCACGGGGACCUGAUGCUAGAACAAUGACAAAGAUAUCAGACGCAUCAUUUAACAUGAAUGAUUAUUGGAGGAUUGUUCAUAUCAUGCACAAAAGGUUGGGUCGCAUUGAUUGGAAGCAUUGGAGACAAUCUUACAAAACAUUGAUACUCCUCGAAUUCUUACUAACUCAUGGCCCUACAACUUUUGUUGAUGAAUUUAUAUGUGAUUCUGAGGUUAUUGAAGAGCUUGCAACAUUUAAACACGUUGAUGACAAUGGGGUGGAUUGGGGUCUAAACAUGCAGAAAAGAUCAGAUAAAGUCAUGGAACUACUACAAGGAGGCGAAACAUUAAGACAAGCAAGAUUAAAGGCCCUUAAAACAUCAAAAGAAAUCAAAGGAUUUGGCAAUUCAACAACAUCUCCAUCAUCAUCAGAUUCAUCAAGAGCUUCCAAUUCGUCAUUUGGGUCAUCUUACACAUCACCUUCAACACCCCAUGAUAUCAUCAUACACGAUCAUCAGCUCAUAGACAAAUUACAAAAUCCUCUUUUUGACUUGGAGAAUAAAUCCCUCCUAUAUCCCACAUCGGAGGAUGAAAGUUUGAAAUGUUUACACCUCUGGGACUGUCCUCCAAUCCCUGAAAAAGGGUCUUUGUUGGGAUCUGAAUACCAAAGGGGAGAAAAGGGUUUCCAGAAAACAUCAGAUGGUUUCACGACUGACAUCUCCUCCAAACUCGGAAUCAAAACUGAGGCGCAAACGUUAGCAGAAACAAAUAUGGUGGCCAGUUUUCACUGA